GCUAAUUCUCACCACAAUUUGAAAGAUAUGUGUCAAUAUUAUUAAGUUGAUCCUCAUUGUGAAUUUAUUUACGCUCUUCAACGUAGAAGAAGAAAAAACUAUUCGAAUUUUGUAAAAGCGCUCAAUGGCGCAAAAGGAAGCAUAAAUAAAAAUGCGUAAAAGUGCGCAACUUCCUCGCACAUCCCGAGUUAAUGAGAAAAUAAUCGAAUAUUACUUAAAAUUUGGACAAGAUCGCGAUUUAGAAAAGUAUAUGCGUCUAUAUUCACCAUGCGGAAGUCGGAGCGAUUGCAAAAGUCGUAGCAGUACAACAACAAACAGCAGUUGCCGUAGUGAAGAUGAAGGACGCAGUAUGAGACGAUUGUUUCAUCAAGAAACGGAUACGACCAUAGAAAGUGAUUGUGAACCGAAAGAAUUUAUAGUGCCAAUAAAAAUGCAGUCUAAUAACACUAUUGGAAAGGGACUGAAGUCGAAAGCUGACGAGUGCACAUCAUCUGCUCCUGACUUGCAUACACCACCACCCAGUAAUCAUAGGAAAGGUCAAACUAAACAAACACAAACUCCUGAAUCCAUAGCAAAGUCACACAGACGUCUUGAAUGGGAUUCCUUAGGCGAUGUCGGCUAUAAAAAGUCAUUAUCAACUAGCAAUAUUAGCAUUUUAGAACGUUCUGUGCUUAAAGAAUAUUUUCAAGAAAUUUCAUCUAUGAGCUGUUCGAAAAAGGAAACCAAUACUGUUGAGUGUUCGAAAAGAACGAAAAAACAUGUCGAUGAACAAAUUCAAACACAGAAGCCGGAAAAAAGUUCAAAGCAACAUAUGCCCGAAAGUAAUACACCGCCUUUAGCUUCCAGCACAAUGAUGCAAUUGGAUAAAGGAAAGAGCAACAAGUCUCAACCGAAAUUGGUCUCUAGAAGCACAUCAAUGUCACUACAAAAGAGAUAUGAUCAAUAUGCGCAAACUUCUACAUAUGCACCGCCACAGCACAUAUCUCGGGAAGUGCAAGUGACGUUGUCCAAUACGCCUUCUGUUACAUCUUCGACCGCAGCGGGCACUGCAACUCCGAGCAGUUUCGAUUAUUAUUCCUCCCGUUCGGGACGAUCCACAACAGACGAAGAAAAACGUGUUGAAAAAAGUGCUUUGAAAAGUGUCCAUCAAAAUGUUGUGAAGUCCAAAGUUAGCGAAGAGCCCAUGCACCCAUUCGUAGCAGAAAUUAAUGAAAUGCUGUCGUCUUGUAAAAUAGCUGACUCGAGAAAACACAGUUCCAAACAAGAGAGUAUAGUAGCGGAUUUACAAAAAGUACACGAUACUUUGAAAAAAGUUCUGAGUGAAAAUAAAGAAAACUCCUCUUCAACUUCAUCGCUCAUCAACUCGCCACAACUAGAUUUAGGCAUACAACUGCUGUGCUCGCUAAUAGAUGCACGAAGCUUAAGUCAAAAGCAAAAGAAAAGACUCGUACGAGAUAUCGUAAAACGCAUAUCAACUCUCAAUGCCGACGAGGAAGGUGAUGCCGCGGAGAUUGCUGCCGCACAUAUUAGCAAUGCAUUGACGGCACAAAUGGAGAAAUGUGAAACACAUAAGAAUGAAAAUGAAAAUAUGGAAGCUACACCCCAAACAAGUUCUGCGGUUACGGUGGCAAGAACUGGCAAAGCUACGAUGGACAUGAGCGAUAUAGCGAGUAAUUUACCUUCGAGUACAAGCAGCGAAGGACUUGACGAACGUCUUAUGCGUGUAGAUGUUUUAAGGAAAUCAUCGCUGCCUACAACAUCUGCCAAGGCAAGAGCUCAACUGGCCGCUGAAAAUACCGAGGAUGUACAAAAAUUACACAUACCGCACACGCGUAUAAGUGCUGGCACACAAGUGGAAGAGACGGAUGUACCACAACCGAAAUACAGUAAUACGCAGGAGAUUCCCGAAAGUGCUGAAACACAGAAAAAUUCACUGCCGAAUGAACCAGAAAAUGUAAAUAAAGGCACGGACAAAGAUUCGUCUGCCUCUAAAGCUAGCUCUACAUCUAAAGAUGUCACCACACAGAAAGCCUUAAUAAAUAUUGAAAGUGGUGGCGCUUCUGACACAGAUGUAGACGUCGCUGCGCAUUCUACAAUGCGCGAGUGGCUGAAUCCUAUGACGCAAUCUGAAAUUGAAUAUGAACAAAAGAAGUUAGAAAUGGCAAAGGUAGCCGCCAAGAGAAAUAAACUAGCCAAAUGCAUUGCAAGUGAAAAAAUCGAGCCGGAACGAAAAUCACAACUGCAGUGGAUACAAUCGGAAAUCGAACGCUUAGAAACACUACGCUGCCUCUUGCUAAAGCCGAAUAUAGAACGUCAAAAUUUGUUGGAAAUGCAUGAAUCGAUUCCACUAAAUGUGGAAAAAUUAUACGACACUGUUUUUACGGACACAAAGUUGGCUUCAACGACCAGCUCGGCGACAACCGGCGCACAUAGCAGUAAAAAUGACAAAGCGAUGCAGGAAAUCGAAGUGAUUAUUGAGGAGUCAAACGAGGAUGUAAUUAAAUUAGAUGAUAAAACGAAAUCGACGAAACAACGCAAGCGAGAAACACAAAUCAUUUACGACAAGCCCGUUGAAGCUACAAACACAUAUGACAACUUAGUGCCAGGCAAAGCGCUUUUCCGCACUAUGACCGAGACGGUGACUACUAAAGAAGAACAAGUACUGCCACCAGCUGUUAAAUUAACGGACGAAUCCGCACCAACAGCUCAACCGAAGCCAUUGCCAAGUGCCAAACAACGCCAGCAGCAACGCUCCAAAAUUGACACGCCUUCCGGUGAUAGUAAUGACGGCGAGAGUGUCGGCUCAUUCGCACAACAACGCAAACGCGAGUUUUUAGAACAAUAUCGCAUGAAAAAACGCAGUCAUUACGAGUCAUUGCUACACCAGCAACAACAAAUGUUAAUACAACAACAACAGCAGAUUAUACAUGAGUUGCAGCAGCGUUGCAACACAAUCACGCAUACACCAGCACCGCCAACAACUGGACACUAUUCUGUGCCCCGCAAUAUGCCCCCCAAUGGCUAUUGUCAGUGUGCCUCAACGCAGUGUCCAGCGUAUCAUCAAGCGUAUUUUCAUCAACAGCACAACAACAAGUGUACGGCGCAAGCGCGAACGAAUAUUAACUGUUCGCAAACGGCACAACCACCCUGCCCACCACCCUGUCCACCACGUGUGCAGUCCCAGCAGGGCAAUGCAAUCAAUUACUCCCAUAAAACACAAACAAUACACAGCGAGCAAUCGACUUCGUCAAUAUUUUGCAUUUCAUCCGAGGUCUCCAUACCGAUGGGCUCAAGCAGCACCAGUUCGACCACAACAACUACACAUCAGUAUGAUGACGUGGCUGCCGUGACUGCAGCUGCACCAGGAGUCGCUGUGCAAACUGGUGAUUCUUUACGUCGCUCACAGCCGAUUUUCGGUAGACGCAUACUAUAUAACUCGGCGCAUAUGAAUGUACCACAGUAUUUCGCUUAUAAUCCGCAACCCGUUUGUUCUGGCCAAUCGAUUUGCGUGCAAGUGAAGCCGAAAGCCAUUGCAUACGUUAUACAAUUCGAAAAGAAAACUACAUCGUCUACAACUACAACAACCACAACAACAACCAGCGCCACAUCAGUCGCCGGCAACCAAUUUACACCGCAUUCCAGCAGCAAGUCCAACGAUUUGCUACGUGAAGAUGCACAAGCGUGCGCAUUGCAGGACUAUCUAGUACGUGCCAAACCGCAAUUUAUUGCGCACACAAAGGAGCGUAAGGCUAUACUCAAUCAAAUACAAAUGCUGCGUCAGGAGCGUGGUAAGGAAUUGCGCGACAUUAUUGAGAAUGCCAGUGAAAACUCGUUGGAGACGCGGUUGCAACAUUUGCCCCCACCCGCAACCAAGCGUUUGCGCAUUUUUGCCACCAAAGAGAUGAAGGCAAUGACACAGCGGCAUUGUGAGAAUUUACCAGAGGUCUUGAAGCAGCGGGAACGCAAGCGUGAAGAGCGACGUCGACAAGGGAAUCGUCUAAUCAGAGAUUUAUUCAAUCAGCGUUUACAACGUCGUGUGCGCACAGGAAAAUUGUCAUUAAACCAUAGUAAAACCGUUAUUUAAAAGAAGAGGCCAAACCACCCUGCAUUUAUUUGUUCAAAAUAUAUUUAUAGUGAAAUUAAAAUUUAGUAAAUAAAAUAAUAAAAAAUGCAGUGCACGGAUUUGUUGUAAUGAAAAAGAAAUUAAAAAUACCGUUAAAUUUGUGACUAAAAAUGCGUUGUGUUCAAGUAUUUUAUACAAAUAACAAAAAGGGUGCGAAGAAAUGCUGCUCUGACUGCUUACACGCGGUAACCAAGGACUUUUGUUAAGUUUCGUCAUAGCAAUCAUGUUGUUGCUUGCUGUUUAUAGUCAUACAUUUCAAGUGCAGCGCCCGAGUUUU